GCUCCUUCGUCCGCCAGUGUCCUUUCUCCCAGUUCCGUCUGCCAGCACUCUUGGGCUCAAGGCCAGUCCCACAGACAGGCCAAAAGAACCAUGAUAUCACCCACCAGCUUGGCACGCACCUGUCUCGUCUCGCAUUUCUACGCAUACCACCACGCUGGCAGGGCCGCAGCAUCGCCCUCUUCUCUCCCCAUCGUGGACUCGUGCCCGUCUCAGCAUGAUUGCCAGACAAGGGCCACCCCCGGCCGACGGCGUCCAUACCCCCCGACUGCCCGGUCCUCUCUGUGUUCUCUGCUCUUGUACAGAGCCACUUUCAAUCACUCCCUCUGUUUCCAUCUCGUGCCAUCGUCCUGCCAGUCUGUCAGAAAGAAGGCUGGAGUUCUUCGGUCUCGCCAUUCGUAACAAUUGCAACGGGAUAUGUGAAUCUUGCCCCAGCACGGCGUGUUCCGUUGAGUGGAUUCGUGUAAGUGUCGGGUGUCACUUUACAGUGUACCUCCGCGUCCAUCUGAACAUCCAAACAGGGCUACGCGGUGCCUGCGUCUGGCCCAGCUUCGCUCGCAUGCACAACAAGCACAUGCACAUGCGCGGCAGCGGGCAACUUGGACCAGCACUCGCGCCUUUUUGCCUCCUUCCCCUCUACUCUUCCCAUCUGAUCUUCCCGCGAAGAACCGGGGGUACAAGCGAAGGAAGCAAGCAAUGGCGGUGCCCCCGGGUACGCCGGUACGAGUGUACCUACCUUACACACAGGCAACAGCUCUCUCGCCUUUGGUGGCCCGAAAACAAGGUUAUUACGGCACCUCUCCUACCCUUUUACUUUUCUAUUCGUGUCAUUGGGCGCAGUGCGGAUGGAGGAGGUGAGGUAGGCAGUGCCACCCAUCACAGAGUUUGGAUAUAAGUCACCACCAGUCUGGCUGCUCCUUCGUCGUCGUCACCCGUCUCUUAUUCACUUGCUUCUCGUUUCUUCUACUGGACGUCCCU